UCUCCUGCUGGACCUCUGGCAGCCUCGCUUCCUCCCUGACUUCCCCGCCUCAUCCCCCGAGGAACCACAUUCUGACAGAUUCACCUGCAGGAGCUGCUGCAGUACAAGAGGCAGAAUCCAGCUCAGUUCUGUGUACGGGUCUGCUCUGGCUGCGCAGUGCUGGCUGCACUGGGCCACUAUGUUCCUGGCAUUAUGAUCUCCUACAUUGUCUUGCUAAGCAUCCUGCUAUGGCCCCUGGUGGUGUACCAUGAGCUGAUCCAGAGGAUGUACACGCGCCUCGAGCCCCUGCUGAUGCAGCUGGACUACAGCAUGAAAGCAGAAGCCGAGCCCCUGCACCACAAGCAUGACAAGAGGAAGCGGCAGGGUAAGGACGGCCCGCCAGGAAGCGAGGAACCGCUGGCUGAGACGGAGAGUGAAAGCGAGGCAGAGCUGGCUGGCUUCUCCCCAGUGGUGGACGUGAAGAAAACAGCCCUGGCCUUGGCCAUUACAGACUCGGAGCUGUCAGAUGAAGAGGCAUCUAUCUUGGAGAGUGGGGGCUUCUCCGUGUCCCGGGCCACAACACCGCAGCUGACCGAUGUCUCUGAGGAUCUGGACCAGCAGAGCCUGCCCAGUGAGCCAGAGGAGGCCCUGAGCCGGGACCUAGGAGAAGCAGAGGAGGCAGAGCCAGCCCCCCGAGAAGAGCUGCUGGCUCCUGCUCAGGCGCUCUCAGGGCAGGCCCUGGACUCCAAGGAGGAAGGCAUGGCUAUGGCCGAGGACACCUUGCUCCGACUCUCCUCUCCCCUCCACUUUGUGAACACGCACUUCAAUGGGGCAGGAUCCCCCGUGGACGGAGUGGCACGCCCCCCAGGGGUACCUGUGGAGACACUGAGCCCAGAGGCAGUGAGUGGUGACCUGACCACUCUGCCCAGCACCCUAUCACCCCCACUGGGCCUUGCCAAAAGUAACCCAGUCUCCUCUCCCCCCAUGAGCUCCCCUCUCCCUCAGGACUCCCCUCAGCUCCUGCCUGGCCCUGAGGAAGAAGAGGCGCUUGUCUCCGAGGACUUUGAGUUGGUGGAUCAGGGGGAGCUGGAGCAGCUGAAUGCAGAGCUGGGGCUGGGACCAGAGAGCCCCCCCAAGCCUCCUGAUACCCCACCCCCAGGGCCCGACACCCGAGCUUUGCUACAGUCAGACACAGAGGCUCAGGCCAGGCCAGAGCCCUGAGCUGAGGGAGUGGGAGCUGCAGGGCAGUGGGCUUCCUGGAGAGGGGAGUCAGUCUUCCUCCUCCCCCCACUCCUUGGGAGUGGCCAUGCAGGGGAAACUGGCUGUCCCUGGGCAGACAGUGCCCCUCUCUGCCUGCCCGCCUGCCUGCUGUCCCGGGUCUGGUGCAGCACCCACUCCUGGGGUCGGUUUUAAGUCUGUAAAUAAUUUUACAUGGGAGUUAGUGGGUGUAGACGGGGCCGGGCGUCCUUCCUGCAGCCUGCACUCGCCGCCCGCCCUCACCUUUCUCUUCAUUCCGUUGCACCCAAGCCCUGGGCUUCUGUCUCUUGGUCUUUUAUUUUAUUUUUUUUAAUUGUUACUUUCUUCCUUCCUAUGCCUCAGGGACCUGUGCUCUGCCCUCCUGUCCCACGUGCUCAUUUAGUUCCCAGCACUUUACUGUUCUCUCCUGGCCCAUGCUCCCCUCUGUCCCCCACCCACCCCAGGCCUGCCCUUGGAAGCCCUGCCCCUGCCCAUUCCCACCUCUUCCUACCUAGCAGGCCCUGGCCAAGCUUCAGGGAGACUCCGGUGUGAAGAGGUAAAGACUCAGACCUGGGGGGAGGGUCUGCAUAGCUGUGUCCCCAAGUCACUAGCCAGUGUCACCCCCAGCACACUUUCACCCUACUUUAUCCAGGCCUCCAAUGCCGCAGGAGAACAGGAUCGAUCCCCUGUGGCUGUGGUUGGGGGAUGGCAAAGGGCCUCUUCACUACCCAAGGGAGGGCUGGAGGGACCUACUUCUCUGGGCUGUGGGUUAUCUGAGUGAUGGGCCCUCCCCCGGGGGUCAGGAAAAUGGACGGUAACAUCUGUGCAGAAAAAUAAAGUGCCGAUUGGUGGAA